AAAUUAAAAUAAUGAGGGUGACAUUAAGCUUUGGAGUCAUUUGAAAAUGAUUUCUCAUAUUGUCAACAAAAUGAAUUAUGAUACAAAAUCGUUGAGUUGACCAUAUAAAAGUCCAAAAAUAAGAGAUCUAAAUACGUUUAAAAAUAAAAUUAACUAUUUAGAUGAAAGUACAAUAUAGAUUUAUUUUUAGAAAUGGACUGAAUCCGAAGAUAUAUAUAUUAGGUUUAUGUUUCUUCUUUUUGAUUCCAUUUAUUAAAAUCAGAAACUGCCUUGUUUUUCAACUCUUGGCCGAUCUGGAUAUACUGAAUCUCAAUCAGCUAGUGUCAAAUAUUUCAAUGCAUGUUAUGCCACACUUAAUUUCCGAGAAAAAGGAAGGAAAAUAAAGAAUCUAACUUGAUUUAUAACUCUUUCUAUUUUUAUUUUUUUAAUACAAAAAGAGUGUGUUUUAGGUUGAGCUUCUUCCACCUCUGAUCUCUUCUCUCCCUAGUCUAUAUACCUCGAUGAAACAAGAAUGAGUAGCUUUAAUGGAGGACGCCUUAGCUAACAUAAUAGCUGUUUCAACAGUACUCUCUUUACUCCUCUUGAUCAUCGUAACUCGAAUCACUCUCCAUUUAUCCAAGGCCUUCUUUCUCAUCUGCGGCUCUGCUAUUUCCGUAAUUAUCGCUGUCUUUAUAUGGCUCAUAAUCAGACGCCAUUACAACCGAUCUCGAAAGCAGCUAGAAUCGAAACACGUCUCCGAAGGUCGAGAGCUCCGGAUCGAGUACAGUUUCCUUCGUAAAGUCGCCGGUGUCCCAACCAAAUUCCGGUACAAUGAGAUCGAAGAAGCCACUGACAAUUUUCAAGCAUUGAUAGGCAGAGGGGGCUCCGCGACAGUCUUCAAGGGCAUCCUCACAGACGGUACUUCCGUCGCCGUUAAAUGUAUCGGUACCAACGGAACCGAUAAGGUCGAUCGCGGCGACAAGGAGUUCCGGUCCGAAGUCGCCGCCAUCGCUAGUGUUCAACACGUUAAUUUAGUCCGUCUCCUCGGCUACUGCAUAGUCCCCGGUCGUCCCCGGUACCUAGUCUACGAUUUCCUCCCCAACGGAUCCUUGGACGCUUGGAUCUUCCCUCCCCGGGAAGAAAACAAUUUCAACCCGAAUAGAAAUAUUUCCCGUCGCACCAAUCGCCGAGAAGGUUGCCUGUGUUGGGACUUAAGGUACAGAGUUGCCCAAGAUGUGGCCAAAGCGCUGGCCUACCUCCACCACGACUGCCGAUCUAGGGUUUUGCAUCUCGACGUAAAGCCGGAGAAUAUUCUCCUAGACGAAAGCUUUCACGCAAUCGUCGCUGAUUUCGGGCUCUCUAGGCUAAUGGGUAAGGACGAGAGUCAAAUCUUAACCACAAUUCGAGGAACAAGAGGUUAUUUGGCUCCAGAAUGGCUCCUCGAACGUGGAAUAUCGGAAAAAUCGGAUGUUUACAGCUACGGAAUGGUUUUGUUAGAGAUGAUCGGCGGUCGCAGGAACACCGUGAGCCGUACCGUAGCUGAUAGGAGAAACAACAAGGCAGCUGGCAUUAAAAAAUGGGAGUAUUUUCCUAAGAUUUUGAGCGAGAAAAUGAGGGAAGGGAAGAUUAUGGAAGUAGUUGACCGGAGACUUAUGGCGGAGAAUGGUGGGCGAGGGGCGGAUGAGAGGGAGGUGAUGAGAUUGGCUUAUGUGGGCUUGUGGUGCAUACAAGAACGGGCCAGGAUGAGGCCCAGUAUGGCCCAAGUGUUGGAGAUGUUAGAGGGCCGAGUGGUGGUUGAAGAACCGCCAGAUACGAAAAUGGUCGUUGUUGACUUAUUGUCCAUCGAUGAUGAUGAUCCCGCGGCACCACAGCUUGCAGCUUUUAGUGUAGGAGAUGAUAAUAGUAAUUGCAAUACGACGUCGUCAAUGUACUCGUCUGCAGUGUCGGUGCUAACUUCUGGAAGGUAGCUGCUUUGCUUUCAAGAUUUUCCAUAUAUAUAAUUUUUUUUUUUCCUGAAAAUAUAUAAAUUGUUUUUUUUUCGGGGUUCAUUGUUUUUGCCAUUACUUAAUUUCAAUUAAUUUUUUGUUCUUAAAAAACUACCCCCAUUUGAGCAAAAAAAAAAAUACAAUGACAAGUAUUGGCCGGCGUGGCAGUUGGCCUUAUAAUAUGACUUAAAUCGAGUUGACUUAA